AUGGGUGGAUGUAGCUUUCCUGACUGUCAUAACAGCAGUGAAAAGGGUUUUAAAAUGCUGAGGUUUUUUUAUUCAGUUGAGAUGAGAAGUAAAUGGACAUCUGCUUGUAAAAUUUCAAAACUCAUUACUGAGAAUUCUCGUUUGUGUGAGGGUCAUUUUAGCAAAGGGUUGUUUGACUGUGACAACCACUUAUACAAAUUGAAAAAAAAUGUUACACCAGACAUUUUAAUUCCGUCUCCCGGUAAACCUUUUGAUGUUUUUGAAACUGAUGAUGAUAAUGAUAAUCAUUAUUCAGUUAAGAGCAAUAGACAUAAAUCUAGAGUGUCCUGA